UCCUCACAUCACCGAGUCUGCCUCCAGCAGCAAGAGGGACAUUACCAGAUCCAUUACCCCUAUUACCCCUAACAGGACACGAGGAGCAGACCUUGAAUUAAAAAAAAAAAACUAUUAUUUUCCGGCUACUGCUUUUAGUUUGAAAGCCAUGAACAAGAAAAGUAUAUUUUUGUUUUCGGAUUAAAAUGUUUAUUUUUUAUUUUUUUUUAUUUUGAAAUAAUACUAAUUUCACCUCACUUGAACUCUGAUUUCUAUUGAGUUCGAAAACGAUAUUCUUUGCGAAUAUAAUUUCGCAGCAACUUAACGGUACCAGAAAAACCUCAUGAUCAAAAACAGACCACCAGUAGGACAAAUGUCUUCUGUGGUUGUUCCUGCAAAUGACUCAAACACAAUGGGUCCUAAGGAUGUGGAGCUCAUUCUUGUUAAAGAGCAAAAUGGAGUCCAGUUUACUAAUUCAACAUUGGUUAACCCACCCCAAACAAACAUACAGACUGAUGAGAGAGAGACAUGGAGUAAGAAAAUCGAUUUCCUUCUUUCUGUUAUUGGGUUUGCAGUGGAUUUGGCAAAUGUUUGGCGUUUUCCAUACCUUUGUUACAAAAAUGGAGGAGGUGCCUUUCUUGUCCCUUACUUGUUUUUCAUGGUUAUUGCCGGAAUGCCACUGUUCUACAUGGAGCUAGCUCUGGGUCAAUUUAAUAGAGAAGGAGCUGCUGGAGUGUGGAAAAUAUGUCCUAUAUUCAAAGGGGUUGGAUUUACAGUUAUCUUGAUCUCCUUAUAUGUUGGAUUCUUUUACAAUGUUAUCAUUGCCUGGGCUUUACAUUACCUGUGGUCCUCGUUCGCAUCAGAACUGCCAUGGAUUCACUGCAACAAUUCUUGGAACAGCCCCAACUGUUCUGAGAUAAAAUUCAAUAACUUAAAUGAUCAGAACCUUUCCUUCAUCAGUGAUCUUUACAUGGUUACACCAGCCGCUGAAUACUUUGAGCGAGGUGUUCUACAUCUUCAUGAAAGUGAAGGAAUUCAUAACCUGGGGUUGCCUCGUUGGAAGUUGACAUCAUGUCUUAUUGUUGUGAUUGUGUUCCUCUAUUUCAGCUUGUGGAAAGGAGUGAAAACUUCUGGCAAGGUAGUGUGGAUUACAGCCACUAUGCCCUAUUUUGUUCUAACAGCUCUCCUUCUCCGUGGCAUUACUCUCCCCGGGGCAAUAGAUGGCAUUAAAGCAUACCUAAGUGUAGAUUUUCUCCGGCUCUGUGAAGCAUCGGUCUGGAUUGAUGCUGCCACUCAGAUCUGCUUUUCACUUGGUGUCGGGUUUGGUGUGCUAAUUGCAUUUUCUAGUUACAAUAAGUUUUCAAACAACUGCUAUAGAGAUGCAAUCAUCACCACUUCCGUAAAUUCACUGACAAGCUUUUUCUCUGGAUUUGUUAUUUUCUCCUUCCUUGGAUACAUGGCACAAAAGCAUAAUGUUCCUAUUGGAGAUGUAGCAAAGGAUGGACCGGGGCUGAUAUUUAUCAUAUAUCCAGAAGCUAUUGCUACGUUACCUCUGUCAUCCGUUUGGGCUGUUAUUUUCUUCAUUAUGCUCCUUACACUUGGAAUCGACAGUGCUAUGGGAGGAAUGGAAUCUGUCAUCACUGGGCUCAUUGAUGAAUUUAAGUUUCUACACAAGCAUCGGGAACUAUUUACCCUUUUUAUCGUUCUUUGCACGUUCUUUAUAUCCCUCUCCUGUGUUACCAAUGGUGGAAUGUAUGUUUUUACGCUUUUGGACCACUUUGCUGCUGGUACAUCUAUUCUUUUUGGAGUACUUAUUGAAGCAAUAGGGAUUGCAUGGUUUUAUGGUGUUGGCCGGUUUAGUGAUGACAUUGAAGAAAUGAUUGGUAAAAGACCAGGCCUGUAUUGGAGACUUUGCUGGAAGUUUGUUAGCCCUUGUUUUCUUCUGUUUGUUGUUGUGGUCAGUAUUAUAACAUACAGAUCUCCAAAAUAUGGCAACUAUACGUUUCCAGAGUGGGCAAAUGUUAUUGGCUGGUUAGUUGCCAUCUCUUCAAUGGCUAUGGUGCCUAUUUAUGCCAUUUAUAAAUUCUCUACCCUUCAUGGAACCAUUCGAGAGAAAAUCGCUUAUGCUAUAACACCUGAAAAAGAUUAUGAAUUAAUAAAAAAUGGAGAAGUCCGUCAAUUUACACUACAUCACUGGUUAACCGUCUAAAAGGCAGAAAAUGCAACACUGGCAUGGUAAUAGAAGAUAAAGACGAGAUGAAAAAAAUUAGAAGAGAUUUAAAACAAUGAAAAAUCUUAUUACUGACUGAUGGCAUUGAUCUGUAUGUGCCAGAAUAGGUUUACACAAUGUGUCUGGAAAAGGAUAUACUUAUUGUGUCCAUGGUGUUUUGGUGAAUGUAUUUAAUUACUUUACUUUGGUGCAAUACAACAGUUUCCUGAUCUAAGUGCCCAAUCCAUAAGUAGAUAAAAAUUAAGACUACUAUAGUGUACAAUUUAAAAAAAAA